CUUGGCUUAUACUCCUGCCCCGGAAUAUACGUGAAACCCCUGCAAGUGCAACGACGUCGACCAUGUCUUUAUCAUUCAAAGGUCAUACUGUAAUCAUCACCGGUGCUGGCGGUGGAUUGGGCAAGGCCUACUCCCUCUUUUUUGCCUCCCGCGGUGCCAACGUCGUCGUGAAUGACUUCAAUGCCGCAGCAGCACAGAAAGUAGUCGACGAGAUCGUCAAAGCUGGCGGAAAGGCUGUUGCCAACACAUCAUCCGUCACGGAUGGUGCAGCCGUAAUCAGUACCGCCGUGGAUGCCUUUGGAGGCGUCACUAUUCUCAUCAACAAUGCAGGCAUCUUGAGGGACAAAGCUUUCAAGAAUAUGACGGACAAAGAGUGGGAUCAAAUCAUGGAAGUCCACCUCAAGGGGGCAUUUGCAUGUACCAAAGCUGCUUGGCCUAUCUUCCGGAAACAGAAGUUCGGACGCGUCGUCAACACAGCCAGCGCUGCAGGAAUCUAUGGAAACUUUGGACAAGCUAACUACAGCGCGGCCAAAAUGGGUCUCAUUGGCUUUACGAAAACCUUGGCUCGAGAAGGUGCUAAAUACGGAAUCAAAGCCAUCGCCAUCGCCCCGAUGGCCGCUUCUCCUAUGACGGAAACCAUCAUGCCACCAGAAAUGCUAGCUAAGCUUGGGCCGGAAUUUGUUCCUCCGUUUGUAGCCGCUGUAUGCCAUCCUGAGGGACCCGAUGCUUCAGGGCGAGUGUUUGAGCUUGGCGCCGGUUUCAUUGCCGAGGUUCGAUGGGAAAGAAGUGAUGGCGCGGUGUUCAAGACGGAUUCCAGCUUUACACCCUCCGCUAUCAAAGCAAGAUGGGAUGAGAUUGUGGACUUUUCAAAACCUUACUACCCUACAUCAGUACCCGACGUUGACGCCGAAGGAAAACUUGCCUUGGCAGCAAAGCUUCCUUCAAACCCUCAAUCAAAGCCCGAAGUUCGCUUCGACGGGCAAACCGUGAUCAUCACGGGUGCUGGUGCUGGUUUGGGACGCAUCUAUGCUCUGAUGUAUGGAAAGCUCGGUGCUAAUGUCGUAGUCAACGAUGUCAGCGAGAAGGGGGCGAACUCUGUUGUUGAAGAGGUCAUCAACGCCGGCGGUAAGGCUGUUGCAGCUGUGCAUUCAGCCGAAGAUGGCGAUGCAAUCGUAAAAAUCGCACUGGAGAAGUUCGGCGGUGUUCAUGUUUUAGUGGCUAAUGCUGGUAUUCUUCGGGACAAGUCUUUCCAGGCAAUGACAGAACAAGAAUGGGAUGUUGUUCUUGCAGUUCAUCUUCGGGGUACAUUUAAGUGCGCAAAAGCGGUCUGGCCGAUCUUCCAAAAACAGACAUAUGGCCGUAUUGUAACAACCUGCUCACAGGUUGGUAUAUACGGUAAUUUUGGACAGGCAAAUUACUCCACUGCCAAAGCCGGUAUCAUGUCUUUGACCAAAACGCUGGCCUUUGAAGGUCGUAAAUACAAUAUCCUUGCCAACGUCAUAGCUCCAUCCGCCGGAACGGCCAUGACAGCGACGGUAUGGCCUCAAGAGAUGGUGGAUGCCUUCAAGCCGGAUUUCAUUGCGCCUCUGGUGGGAUAUCUGACCAGUAAAGAUAACGAGGAAACCAGCGGUUCGUUGUUUGAGGUGCUAGGUGGAUGGGCAGCUCAAACGCGCUGGCAACGAUCUGGCGGCUACGGAUUCCCUUCCAACAAGCCCUACACGCCUGAGGAUGUUGUGACUAAGUGGAAAGACAUUACGACAUUCGAUGAGCGAGCUACGUAUCCUACGACUACAGCAGAUGCGAUGCAGAAGGUCGUCGAGAACUUCGACAACAACGGUUCUGCUAAAGCAAAAUUGUAGGAUAGACCGAGCUUCGUGAUAAUCCGUAGGAAGGGAGUUUCCUUCAUUCAAUGUAUACCGUCGACUCGUACAUCAAUGUUUAGUAUAACACAUAUUUAUUGUAUUCAGGUGGUUUUUUAAGGCCUCGUUAACAUUACCAACUUUGCACUUUGAAAACAAUUCUAAUCGGUUAUCGAGUGGCUCGCAAG